AUGGAUAUGGAAAAUAGAUACGAGAGCGCCGAAGAAAUUCAAACGUUUCAUUCGAUUCUCGUGAGCAAGUUUCGAACGGGUCAAACCAAAGAUCUAGCUUGGCGCAAAUGGCAGCUCAAGCAGCUCUGGUGGCUAGUCGAGGACAAUGAACAGGCCAUCCUUGACGCCAUCAAGGCUGACCUCAACCGGUCUGAGGUCGAAAGCUAUCUCACUGAUCUCGCUGGCAUCCGGAAGGAUAUCAUAUAUCACCUGGAUAAUAUAGAUGCCUGGGCAGCGGAUGAGAUAAUAGGCGACAGUUUCAUUGCAAGGCGACUUGGUCUGGCACGAAUCCGAAAAGAGCCACUCGGUGUCGUGCUCAUCAUUGGUGCAUGGAAUUUCCCAGUACUGCUAGUGCUGCAGCCUCUGAUCGCGGCCAUCACCGCGGGCUGCUGCGCCAUUAUCAAACCGUCUGAGGUAGCUGUGGCAUGUCAAAAUCUCCUCCGAGACCUGGUUACGCAAUACCUGGAUCCCACCGCAAUCAGAUUGGUCUGCGCCGGCGUCCCUGAGACGACAAAGCUACUUGAACUUCCUUUCAACCAUAUUUUCUUCACCGGCUCCGCGAAUGUCGGCCGACAUAUUAGUGCAGCCGCCGCAAUUCAUCUGACGCCGGUAACUAUGGAACUAGGUGGCCAGUCUCCUGCCAUCAUCGGUCGGUCAGCAGACGUGGAGCGGGCCGCGAAAAGUAUUGCGUAUGCGAAAUUCCUCAAUGCCGGACAAAUCUGUCUGACGGUCAAUCAUGUCUUCGUGGAUGCAGCAGUGCAUGACGUUUUCGUGGACCGAUUGCAAUAUUGGAACAGUCAAUUUUUACACGGGGAAAAAACAAUCACCACGGCUAUUGUCAACCAACAGCAUUGGAAGCGACUAUUUGGCCUUUUGCACCAGACAAAAGGCACAAUUGUCAGUGGUGGAAGUGGGAAUGAUGAAUCCCGUCGGAUGGAGCCAGCCGUUGUCGUAGACCUUGAUAUGGACGACCCGCUGUUAUCAGAAGAGAUAUUCGGUCCCAUAUGUCCCGUGAUCAAGGCGAAUGUACGCCAGGCCUGUCAGAGAAUUAAUAAGGGAGAGCAUCCUUUGGCACUCUACAUUUUCAGCUCGGAUAGUUCUGAAAUCCAAGAUAUACUUGACAACACAAAUUCGGGUGGAGUAACGAUAAAUGAUGUUAUCCUGCAUGCGGGCUUCCCGGGUGCUCCUUUCGGCGGUGUUGGAGGUAGCGGGCAUGGCUACUAUCAUGGUCCGUAUGGGUUCAAGUCAUUUUCGCAUCUGCGGACUAUCAUGAGUUCGCCAAAAUGGUUCGAUCGUCUGAUAUCGUUCCGAUAUCCCCCGUUCAGUGCGGCUAAAAAAGCCAAAAUACCUCAGACCAAGGCCAAGUUCAAGCGUGGGGAAACAAUUCAAGAUCAACGCCGUGCAGGCUCUGGAAUGGUUGGGUCCAAGCUUGCAGCUGCCGCGGCUCUUUGUGGGAUAGCGUUUUAUUAUUAUUAUUACUCCAAAUGA